AGUGGCGAUGGAACAUAGUUUAUGUAAUACUUCGCACUACCGAAAGGGGGUGAUAUAAAAAGCCAAAAACUUUAAAACCCAGAAGAUAAUCGUGAAACGUGUGUGUACAAGCAACAGCAGACAACAUUGUUGCUGUAGACGCGCAGUAUUGAUGUUUGACUUCUAUUGCAGCACGGGUCACGUGAGGAUCAAAGACAAGCUCGAUCGAUCCAUUGAACUCGUCUCUGCGUGUCGUCUUUUGUUUGAUCAGAUGUUUGAUACUCGAGUAGGAUGGGCUUUCACACCUGGCGCUGUUUACAUCAGACCUUAAGCGACUUCGGAGCUAGUGUUGAUGUUUUGGCUUUUUAAGUUAUAACGCGAUCUAACGUUAGUAAAAUUAAAAACAGGACGACUGCGGACUUUUUUCAUAAUUUUUCCUGAUGUCGGACUGCAGCUCGUCGGGUUCAGAUGAGGAUUUGGACCCGGAGAUAGAGCUGCUGGACGAGCUCGGCGGCACGCUCAGUAAGUGGACAAACUACAUUCAUGGAUGGCAGGACCGCUGGAUUGUGCUGAAGGGCAAUAUUCUCAGUUACUACAGGUCAGCAGAUGAGAAGGAGUUCGGCUGUAGAGGGUCCGUCUGUCUCGGCAAGGCUGUCAUCACGCCUCAUGAGUUUGAUGAAUGCCGUUUUGACAUCAGUGUGAACGACAGCAUCUGGUAUCUGAGGGCUGAACAUCCUUUGCUCCGACAGCAGUGGAUCGAUACCAUUGAACUUCACAAGGCUGAGUCAGGCUACGGGUCUGAGAGCAGUUUACGCCGCCAUGGCUCCUUACUGUCCCUCACCUCUGCCGCCAGCGGCCUCUCCACUUUUUUUUUUUUGCUUUUAUUCCCUGUGGACAACCUCAAAGGUCCUUUAGGCAUCGAUUUCAAGGGUGAAGCCAUCACGUUUAAAGCUACUACAGCAGGAAUCCUGUCCACACUGUCCCACUGCAUUGACAUUUUGGUCAAACGAGAGGAGAGCUGGCAAAGACGACUGGAUAAGGAAAUCGAAAGGAGAAAACGGGCUGAAGACGCCUACAAAGCUGCAUUGACAGAGCUGAAGAAGAAGCCUCAUUAUGGAGGACCAGACUAUGAAGAAGGACCAAACAGUCUAAUCAAUGAAGAGGAGUUCUUUGAUGCUGUGGAAGCUGCGUUGGAUAAACAUGACCAGAUCGAAGAGCAAUCCCAGGCAGAAAGGAGCAGGGCAUCUCGACAGAUCUCCCUUACUCCAGACACCUGUUCCUCCAUCAGCACUCAGAAAUACUUGACUAAGCCUCACAGUCAAACUUCCUUCUUAUCCUCCGUUGACCUCAUAAGUGCCUCCGAUGACGUGCACAGGUUCAGUGCUCAGGUUGAGGAGAUGGUGCAGAGCCACAUGAAUUACUCUUUGCAGGAUGUGGGUGGAGAUGCUAACUGGCAGCUGGUUGUUGAAGAAGGGGAUAUGAAGGUGUACAGGAGAGAAGUGGAGGAGAACGGCAUCGUUCUGGAUCCUCUCAAAGCUACGCAUGCUGUCAGAGGGGUCACAGGUCACGAGGUCUGCCACUACUUUUGGGGCACAGCUUUUCGGAACGACUGGGAAACAACUGUUGAAAGCUUUCAAGUGGUUGAGACACUCUCAGAUAAAGCGGUCAUCAUUCAUCAGACACACAAGAGGGUGUGGCCUGCUUCCCAGAGAGAUGUGCUUUAUGUAUCAGUCAUCCGAAAAAUUCUCUCCACUAAUGAGAAUGAUCCAGACACCUGGCUGGUGUGCAACUUCUCAGUGGAUCAUGACGGCUAUCCACCUUCUGCUAGAUGCAUUCGUGCCAAAAUCAAUGUAGCCAUGAUCUGUCAAACACUAAUCAGCCCACCAGAGGGAGACAAAGAGAUCACCAGAGACAACAUCCUCUGUAAAAUCACAUAUGUAGCCAAUGUAAAUCCUGGAGGUUGGGCUCCUGCAUCAGUCCUGCGAGCUGUAGCCAAGAGAGAAUACCCCAAGUUCCUUAAACGCUUCACCUCAUAUGUUCAAGAGAAGACCAGCUGUGAGGCUAUUCUCUUCUGAACAACACCAGGUUGUUUAAUCUACAUUCCCAGUUUGCUUUCUGACUCAAAUGAAGAAACGCCUUAUUCACAAUGCUCUACCAUCAGAGAGCGCUGCUCUGCCCAAGUGCUCUUGACACUCUUCUGAAACCUUUUAAACCCGUAUCCAUACAGGCGCUACACCAACACCAAAAAUGGUACAAAGUCUGUAAAAGCACCUUUGAAGAGUGCAAACACACUAGAAUAACCAACACAGCCUGUUCAUCUUCAGAAGGCCUUACUUGUUUUUCCGUAAAUGAGCUGCGGCUCAGAUUUUAUUAAAGUAAUUUACAUUUUUGUAAAUAUUUGAUCAGAGUUUGAGGUCUGACUAUGGCCUUGAUGAGAUAUACAUAUAUGCUGUAAACUUGAUGCCUUGAUCUAAUCCCAGCAUCUUCUCAGCUGUACGUGAGCUUUCUCACUGGCCAUUUGUUUUAGGAAGACCCUUUUCUAGCCCCGAUGAUCAAGAGGAUGUCAGGAACUUCAGAUCUUUUGUACAGUUAGUAUCUAAAUGUUUACGAUUAUUUACAUACGAAGGCAUUAUACAUUUUGAUUAUUGUAAUUCAUUAAUGUGGCUUUAGGCAAAGUGUACAUUUAUUGGGAAGUGCUUGUAUAAGACAAUAAUCAAAGUAGAGAGGGUAUUUUGGUAGACGUGAAAAGUUGGUAAUGACUUGUAUUGGACCACAAUUGCCUUUCUUUUUUGUGUUGUAUUUCUUUUCUUUUCAUUUUGUUCUUGUUUUAAAGUUGUUUCACUUUAUUUGUGACUUUUUGGGACCCUUAAAUGGCAGUUUCAACAAUGUCAUUCCACUUCUUAAAGAAUUGGUUCAUCACUACCUGUUGGGCUUCCAUCUACACAAUUCAUGUAGAAUUACUGCAGUUGUGCCAUCUAUGCUUAUGAAAGAAAGGGAAUUGUAAUAGAAUUUCACUUUUUUUUUUUUCGUCACUUUUUGUGGUCUAAUUCACUAUAUGGAGCAGUUAAUAAAUUAAGCACAUUUUUAACUAUCACUAGUCUUAAAAGGGUAGUUCAUGCAAAAUGACAAUUUUUCCUCAUCCUCAUGUUGUUCCAAACCUGUAUGACUGACUGACUUCUGUAGAACACAAAAGAAAAUAUUUUCAGAAAAUAUUUUUCUCCAUACAGUGGAUGUCAAUGGUAACCAAAUCUGCUUGGUUACCAACAUUCUUUAAAAUAUUUUUUGUGUUCUUUUGAAAGUCAUUCAGGUUUGGAACAACUUCAGUAAAUGAUUUUUAUUUUUGAGUGAACUAUCCUUUUAAAAAAGGCCUCGAGGUCAUGAUUUUUUUAGAUAAGAAAUGAAAUGCACAUGUAAGACACCACCAUUAAUUUAAGUAUGCAUCAUAAUAUGUUCAAUAUAUUUUCUGUAACAUUGUUUGCACUAAACAAUCUUAUUUUUUUGUUUCAUAAUCCCAUUAUAGUCUUUCCAUACUAAUACUUGAGUUCAGAACGCCUAAUUUGAUGUGUGUAAGGUGCAAGUUAUGAAUUCAUUGCAUUACUUGCCUGGCUGCCACUACAGAUUUGCUGCUGCAGUUCUGCUUCGAGCACUUUUAUUUAGUUUAAUGGUGUGAAACUCUUUGCUCGUGACCGCAAGAACAAGAAACUUUCUGAACUUUCUGGUUUUAUUUUGAGAUUGAUCUACAAAUGUUGAAAGCUUUUCGGAAAGAAAAGUUUUGUAAAUGACUUCUUUCUAAAUGUAUGUAGUAUUACCAAUUUAUUAAUGGAACCAAAUUUUAUGAAAAAAAAUCACUUUUUCAUUUUAUGUUCUUGCCUAUAGUUUGUUAAUCUCAUUUAAGGAUUAUUUUCUGUGUUGUUGAGGUUCAUACAGGAGGAAUAUCUUGCUGUACAAUGCAAUAAACCUACAGUAUCUCA